AUGAGUUUUCCUAGUAGCAUUUUUGAUCAAGUAGAUAAUUUUAUUCAUGAUGAUGGCGAAGAAAUAGUAGUAAAUCAUGAUGGAACAGCGAAUUCGCAGAAACAAGAGCAACAGCAUUACAAUGAGGAUGGUAAUAGUCAUGAUGGAUUUAUGUCCUCUCAUACUGCCUCUAAUUCUAACACGGCUGUUAAUGCCGCGAGCGUUGGUAAAAACAAUGCCGCUGAUUUGCAUUUGGAGUUAGAGAAUUUACAUAAGAGUUUUGAAGAACAUCAAAGAGAAUUCAUAAACCAACAACAAUUACAAACCUUUGAUCACGUAGAGGGUCAUAAUAACACUGCGAUAAAAACUCUUCUUAAUGUAAAUAUCGAAGACAAUAACAACUAUGGUCACGCUUAUAAUAGCCGUAGCAAUAACAAAAACAAUAAAAAUGAAAGUGGCAAUGACGAGGUUAAUGAUAAUUAUGAAAAUCCUAAUCACGAGACUUAUUUUUCUCCGGUCAUCUCGCCGACUGUAAUGCCCACAUCUAUAACAACAAGUCAUAGUUCUUCAAGUCUCGUCAAUAGUGGCAAUAACAAUGACAAUAACUCUCCCUAUUUUCAUAGCACCAAAUAUUCUUCCGCACGUCAAUAUUCAAGGCAUAGCUCUAUCACAUUGAACACUUUGCCUUCGCCUGCAUUGAAGGCAAUCAAGGGGAAUUUUAGCAACAAUAAUAACGGCAGUAAUAGCAAUGCUGGCGUCAAUAUUAAGAGUAAUGGCGUAAUACCGGAGGCUUCCAGUGGCUCUAAUAAUAAUGGUGGUAAUUCUACAAAUAAAAAAAUCGUAAAGAAUAGUCCACGGAUUAAGUCAAAGCAUUCGCCAUUGGUACGACCAACAAGCGUUGGCGGCAGAAACACUGUUGGUAUCGUUAAUGGUAAUAGUAAUAACACUUUUGGCACUGAUUCAAUACAUGCACCAAGGCUAGAACAAAGCAUAUUAGAGAAUAAUAAUAAUAAUAAUAAUAAUAAUAAUAAUAAUGUUGCUAAUCCCGGUAACAAUGGCAGUAAGAGUGAUUGGGAUGAUAUGUUUGUUUUGCCAGAAAGCAGCUUACCCAACACAGCAAACGCUAAUGUCAACUCUGAAAAUGACAACACUGCUACUAGUAAUAGUAAUUUAAAAAUUAUUUUACCUUCUUCAUAUAGAAACAUUGAUGAUGAUAAUAAUAAUAAUGAUAGUAAUGAUAGUAAUCAGAAUAAUGAUCGUAAUAAUAAUAAUAAUAAUAAUAAUAAUAAUAAUAAUAAUAAUAAUAAUAAUAGGACACUAAGUAACCAUAACAGUCCAAAUAUGAAACGGGAUAGUAAUGCAGGGAACUUCGACCCAAACAUUAUUGAUAAUAACAAAGUCAAUACUAUAAGAAACACCAGUAGUGUUCUCAGAGCUACUGAAUCGCCUGUUAUUAGGCCUAGAAAAGCCUUUAGUGCUAAUAACACACCUUUGUUAAGGCCAAGGUUAGUUUCUACAUUUUCUUUAGCUAACGAAAACUUGGGCUCCAAUACAAUCCUUAAUAACGAUAAUAGUAAUAAUACUACAGAUGCAACAUUUAGAAGCACGGCUACUAUUAACAGUAGCGGUGUUAAUAAUCAUAAUGGCAAUAGCAUAGCUUCAGAAGGAGUAGAUACGGAUAAUAAUGAUGGUCUUAAUAUCACCAUUUUUGGUAGUAAUGACAAAAAUGUUAAUUCAAACAAAACCUCUAGAAAUAAUACUACAACUGCAGCUAAUAAUGUUUCAACUAAAACUGUUAGGAACAAUAUGACCAAAAAAAAUAGCGUAACCGAUGUAAAUAACAACACUAACAAGAAUAAUAAUAAUGGUGAAAAUAUUGCCCCUAAUGAUACAUCGUUAAUGAAUUUUAAUGGUAUGGAUAGUAAUAAUAAUAAUAAUACUGCUACAUCUAUUACUACAGCCCCUAACGACAGCGUGCAAAAUAUUUUAUAUGUGGGAGCAACAACGGAGACACCCACGCAGAAUAAUACGGUUGUACGUCGCCGUAACAGUAGUGCAAGUAGCAUUGGUUCGGGUAAUAGCAGGACUCGCCGUAAUAGUGGUAAUCCGGUGUUAGUUGAUGAAAGCAAAAAGAAGGAGGUUCACAAAGAAGCGGAAAAAGGUAGAAGAAAUAGAUUAAAUAAUGCGUUAAUUGAAUUGAAUAACUUAUUACCUCAAGAUAUAAAAAACAGAGUUAAGAUACCUUCCAAAGCUACUACUGUUGAAUUGGCUUGUUCUUAUAUAAGAGAUUUAUUAAAGUACCAAACUGGUGUUGGUGUUCAUGCUGAUAACAAUAGUAAUAGCAGUGGUAAUGGUAAUAACAUGAACUACACUACUUCUGCUUGUGACAAGGAUAACGAUGAAUAUAUGGGUUAA